AUUGAUUCCAAGGUAGUACCUUUGAUUACCACCUGGAGUUUCCUAUUUGUCUAUCUGACACCACUUGUUGCCUCACGUUCCGCGUUCUCCACCUGUUCACAUCCACAAUUUAUGGAUUUUAAUUUGUGUUCCGGACUAUGCUGAUUUCCCAACAAAACGAAUUGACUUCUAGACUGUCGUCUUCAUCUCAAAUCAACGAAAUCACCCACUUCAAGCCUGCAAUUCUGUCCUUCCCAGCCGAUUGGAUUAGUACCUCUGUCAUCUGCUUCGGUCUUUGCGAAUUGAGCAUCCGCGUUGCCACUGCAGCACCCUUCUAAAAUGUCGUCGUUCCCUAUGAUGAGCACUGUCCAUCAUUGUCGCAACCACCGUCAUUCCGUUGAGAAGGUUCGGGUAGAUGAUACCGUUGUGGAGAUGAAGACACCACCCCGACUGAUUAUGCCGGAGAUGACCGCAAUGACUGUACAAAGUCUUUCAUCGCCGCACAGUGCGCCAGUCACGCCACCUGUGAGCACUCCAUUGACUUCACCGGUCUCUAACAUAGCAGUAGUUACGCUUAAACCGAUUUGCAGGCCAAUUAUUGGUAUCUUCCGCAAAGAAAGUUUCAUGUCGAAUGUCCCAUUUAUCUUUCCUAAUCAGAAUUGAUACCGAGAGUUGAAAAUGGAGUUCAUUGCGUAGUUGAAUCAAAUUGUUAGUUUGCUUCAUAUUAUUUUCUCGAAUUAUUUUAUUAAAUUUUUUUUAUUAUAAUCUCUCUUCUAAAUACUCUCUUGAAACUUUGAAUGUUCUUUCUCUUUUACAUUUUCCAAUAAAGCAUUGCAAAAACGUACAAGAAA